UUGGUUCUGUUUUAUUUCUUUUUAUAUUUGUGAUAUUCAUUUCUGUUAAGCAUAUUAAUUUCACUUACUCAAACAUGUCUCUUGGUUAUUGGUUGACUCACUGGAGAGGGUGGAGCUUGAAUUUCAAACUUCUGAAUGCCCUUAAAGGGGACAUUUGACCAGGGUUUGCACUUGUCUAUGAACUUAACCCCUGCCCUAACUUUAAUCUUAACCCGUAACUUAACCUUUUCAAUAUUAUACUUUAAUUGAGUGUCUUCAGCGUUGAUGCAAGGUCCUCCCACUCCACUGAGUCAACUGAUCAGAUGAUUUUCUGCCUUAAGAGCAGAUCUGCCUCCAAGACAUUGGAGUCUCCAAGAGUAGGUCUAUGUUCACCAGUGGCCUUACAGAGAGCAGCCAGAGGGAGGUGCGGAUCGUUGGGGUGGAGUCUGAGUCCAUGCACCUGGUCCUGGACUAUGCUUACACGUCCAGAGUCACGCUGUCCGAGUCCAACGUCCAGGCCCUGUUCACGGCAGCCAGCAUCUUCCAGAUUCCAGCCCUGCAGGACCAGUGUGCCCAGUUCAUGAUAAGCCGUCUGGAUCCCCAGAACUGCAUUGGGGUAUACAUGUUUGCAGAUGCCUAUGGUCACCAGGAACUGAGGGAGCGCUCCCAGGACUACAUACGCAAAAAGUUCCUUUGCGUGGCUGGGGAGCAGGAGUUCCUCCAGCUCACCAAGGAGCAGCUGGUGAGCAUUCUGAACAAUGACGACCUGAAUGUGGAGAAAGAGGAGCAUGUGUACGAGAGCAUCGUCCGCUGGUUGGAGCAUGACCGUCCUCGCAGGGAGGCCCACCUGGCUGAGGUGUUCUCUCAGUGCAUCCGUCUGCCUCUCCUGGACGACUCCUUCCUCAGCCGCAUCCCGCCCCUCUUUGCCUGUGCUCUCUCCAGGGAACCUGCUGAGGACAGGGCCCAUCUCAACAGCACCAACGGCUGCUCCCAGCGCCUGGGCAUGACUGCCUCCGAGAUGGUCAUCUGCUUCGACGCGGCACACAAACACUCAGGGAAGAAGCAGACCGUGCCUUGCCUGGACACCGUGGCCGGGAAGGUGUUCAAGCUCUGCAAACCCCCUAACGACCUGCGGGAGGUGGGCAUCCUGGUGUCGUCGGAGAAUGACAUCUACAUCGCUGGGGGUUACCGCCCUAGCAACAGCGAGGUGUCCAUCGACCACAGGGCGGAGAGCGAUUUCUGGCAGUACGAGCACGCGGGGAACCGUUGGCUGGCGCGCUCGCCCAUGCUUCGUGCCAGGAUCGGCUGCAGGCUUGUCCACUGCUGUGGGAAGCUAUACGCUCUGGGGGGCCGUGUGUACGAAGGGGAUGGGAGGAACGCGCUGAAGUCAGUGGAGUGCUACGACGCCAGGGACAACUGCUGGACUGCCGUCAGCCCUAUGCCCGUCGCUAUGGAGUUCCAUAGCGCUGUGGAGUACAGAGAUCGCAUCUACAUCCUCCAAGGGGAAUACUUCUUCUGUUUUGACCCUCACAAGGACUACUGGGGCCACCUUCCCCCAAUGAGUGUGCCCAGGAGCCAGGGCUUGGCUGCCUUACACAAGAACUCCAUCUACUACAUUGCUGGCAUCUGCAGGAACCACCAGCGCACCUUCACGGUGGAGGUCUACGAUAUCGAGCAGAACGCUUGGUCCCGUAAGAGUGACCUACCCUUCGAUCAGGCCACCAGCCCCUACAUUAAGGCGCUGCUCCUUCAGGGCAAACUGCACCUGUUUGUCCGAGCCACGCAGGUCAUGGUGGAGGAACAUGUGUUCCGCACCAGCAGGAAGAACUCCCUCUACCAGUACGACGACGAGGCGGACGUGUGGACCAAAGUCUACGAGACGCCCGACCGCCUUUGGGACUUGGGUCGCCAUUUUGAGUGUGUGGUGGCCAAACUGUACCCGCAGUGUCUUCAGAAAGUGCUCUGAGCGGGCCAUGGGGGAUGGUUUGCUCCCCCUUGGGAGGGAGUAUGGUCCUGCUCGUCUUGUGCCUGGUCCUGUCCUGUGUUUGCACCACAAGGACUGUCAACGUUUUGUCCUGAGGUGUUAAAGGUUUAACAUGAUCAAAUGGGGGUGCUUUCAAAAGACUGCAGUAUUGGUUUUCUGUUCUCCAGUCAGCAACAAAUACCCACACAGACGCUUGUUUUACAAUAUAGUACAUUGAAUCAUAAGUGCAAUUAUCUUGUUUCCUGAUCUUGUUUUUGUUGAGCCAUUUUUUCCAUUCUUUAAAAAAAAAAAAAAUACAUAUAUGUAUGUUAGAGUUUUUACAAUUGUUAGGCAUGCAGUUGAGGGGUCAGACUUCGAAGUGACCUAUUGAUUGACCUGCUACGUGUCAGCAUAUAGUGAAAAUGAUAUAUACAUAAUUGUAGAGUAUACAUUCAUACGGGUAAGAUGAGCGUUGUUGCUCAUUGGUAGGUUGUUAGCUCAGAUUGAAGGAUUUGGUCUAUUUGACUCUACGGAGGCAACUUCUACUUCUGUAUCCAUCGUUUUGUAGGCUAACAAUGAGUCUUCAGUUUGCAUUGUCAAGUCUCUUGAUCUCAUCACAUUGCAUACAUGUUUGAGUAACGCAAUGCUGAGAUGUUAAACCUGUCAGUGAAGCUACACAUGUAAUCUUUAGUCCAUUUGCCUUUUUUUUUUUUGUAUUGGCUGGCAAUUUUCAGUAGACAGAAUGGUGUAAUUUAAUUAAACUCAUGAAACAGCCUUUAACUUACAGGGUGUUACCAUCCUGUGAGUUCUUAGUUUGGGCAGGUAUGUUCUGGCAUGCAGUCAGCAGCAGGAUAUGUUGUCUAAAUUUGACGUUUCUAACUUUUGGCAAUGUCAAAAGAGUUAAAUCUUUGCUAAAAAUCAUUGUCUAUGACUAAACCAAAAGACGUGAUGGGUGGCGGAUAUAGCUAGCUUGAUUUCCCAUGUUUUUCUUCCUUAUAUUUGGGGAGCCCAAUGGGGCCCUUUUUCAUCUUCUAGUUGAGAGUAUGGGACUGAAUACGGAAGUAUGACAUAGGACCACCCCACUUUCUUAAGGUGUUGUUCAAUUUACAUGCUAAUUUCUCCCUACAUCGAGCUCGUCUUUGUGAAAAUGUCUAAGUUGUAAUGAAGUAUGCUAGGGAUUCAGAUCAAUUUAGUGUUACUGCCAUGCAUGAUGGCAGGUUGAUAUGAUGCUAUUUUAUGGAACACAUAUUUUGCUUUUAAGAGAAUGCCUUAGUUGUCAACCAAUGUGCUACUUGGCUUUUUGCAGUUGGAUUUAUACUUUUGGAGUUUAACACACAGCUUUCCACUCGGAGCCAGUAUCCAUUUUGUUUGAGUCACAUGCCAAAACCGAUUGAGUUUGACUAUUCACUCUCCACAUUGGAGAAACAGGCAUAGUGUUGGAUGUGUGGCUGCCCAACAAAAGUGAGACAUUUUAAACCGGUCAACAAGUUUUUCUUCGAUAUCAACUUAACAGAAAUCACAUGGAGUGAAGGGACAUGGUUCACACUGAUGGAUUGAUUUAGCCAAAGGGUCAGCAGCUCACUGCAGCAUAGUGUGUUCAGUUUUUUGAGGGGGGGGGGGGGCAGACAUGUCUGAAUUACACGCUUUUGUUUGAAAUAACCUACCUCUUAAAUGCUUAAAUGCAUUUAAGAACAUGUUUUGGUUCAUCUGAAAAGUCCAAUUUUCUAGUAGCAAUAACUAAGGAAACUGAUACAUCGGUUUACCGUAGUAGAAGUGCAUUAACUAUUGUUUUCCAGCUUAUUUUGGGUACUUACCUUUGCUAGGUGAAAUGGCUCUAUUGCUGUUGGUGUUACAGUAGUUUGAGCAGGAAUGGAGUAGAGGUUGAUGUGUAGCCUAACUUGGUGCAGAUCCCAAUGGAUGUCAUUGUGCCUAUGGGGGUGUGGGUGGGUGGAGGCAUCAGGUGGUUGUCCUGUGUGUUUAGCCAGGAAUGGUUUUAAGUCUUACUCAUUAUUGCACUGAGUCACUCUUCAAUGGUCUGUCACUGAAAACUUGGCCAGUCACCCUCUGGGACAGUGAAAUACUAGCAUGUGACCCAACUUCCAUGCUAUGGUUCUUAUACAUCAAUCUGUACAUGUUAUGUGGAGACAAACAGAAAACUAUUGGUGCUGCUUUUUUGACAAUCUUGUAUAUAAGACAUUGCAAUAUAGACUUUGGUGUUCCUUAUGGAACUGCACCAUUUUCAGUGACUUCAGUAAUUUUCUCAUGCAGGUUCCUGUGUCAUCUUUGCACUACAUACAGCUGUUUUAUCACAUUAAAGCGUUUCUCCAAAAUCAACCACAAAGCAAUCUUGGGAACUGCAGUUUCGUCUGCAUAUAAUUUGAGAUGGAGAGUAAUAUGGAGACCCACCAUUUGUGUGGCUUUGUGGACAUUGUCAACUUAAGAAAAGGACUUCAGAUAAUUUGGCACUCUUUGAUCUGACCAGAGCAGUGCCCUGUAGAAGUUCCUUCAGGUGAGGAAAAGGGUCUUGCCUAAACUGAGUUGCAUGGGAACCAGGAAUGGACAACUCUCAGGAUUUGUAUUGAUACACAGUACUGUAUUUAAAAUGUCUUGUUUUGUGUAAUAUACUGUACUAGACGUUUGCUGUACUUGCACAGUUUUUUUUAAUUACUUUAUUUCUUUUAUAACUUAAAAUAGAAGUGAUUUCUUUUGUAAUAGUCAGUCUUGUUUCUAUUUACUACAUUUAGUUGGAUUCUGUUCUGUAUUCCACUCAACAAGAAUAUACCUGCACAUCAUUUGAUUUUCUUUUGGUUCAGUUUUGCUUACCAUAACUUCUCAAUAAGCAUUAUAGAUCUGUAACUCCAAUGUUACAUGCAUAUCUCAGACUUGAAAUACACCAAGCUUACAAUGAAUAAGCCAAACAAUGUGCUUUCUGUGUAAGUGAUAGUUGGCUUUGCGGCAAUAUAAAUUCAUCAAGAUAAUGGAUGACUAGCAGUGGAAUCUUCCUGUAUUUUUAUUUUUGUUUGCUGGUUUGUCAAUGUAGGGUUUGGGCAAUAGCUGUGGUUGAGCUCAACUGUGAAAUUCACAUUGCACAUAAUUUGAGAAUAAAAUAACGUUAAAGUA